AUGGAGGACGAUGAUGUAACGUAUUCUUCCCGCCAUAUUGAACAAUUGUUACAAUGUUCCGUGUGUCUAGACAGAUUCAAAAUACCAAAACUGUUACCAUGUCAACAUACAUAUUGUCAAUCACCAUGUUUGGAACAAUUGAUCAAUCCAAGAACCCGGAUGAUCAAGUGUCCAGAAUGUCGAGCAGAUCAUCUGGUACCGAGAGGGGGGACGUCUGCCUUCCCCAAUAACAUUACCGUCAUGGGAUUCAUGGAUCUCCCGAGAUUGUCUUUGGGUGAGCCCAGAAUCCCUGCCCUAAACAGAAACGAGGGUGGUGUAAGCUCUGUGAAACUUUCUGAAACUGAUGCCUACUGCAAAAAGAGUUCGGGGCCCUCUGCAACCGAAACGUGUUCUAGAUACGGAGGAUAUUCUUACGGAAAUGAUCUAGGAAUAGAUCACCCAGUGGUGGCUCAACCCCCUCCCAGAACAACCUGUAGUAGCUGUUUUAGAUCCAGUAGAUUGAGUCAGUGCCAUCAUUGCCAGCAGCAGAUUUGCGACAUCUGUAUCAGACAACACAUGGAACAAGUGAAGGUCGAGAUUGAGCGAAUGAUCUACAGAAUUAAAAGAGGAAUGCCCAAAAUUUCCAGUGCCAUUGACGAUAUCGGUGCUAAAGGAGGUCAAGCUCAACAGCGAUGUGAAAGUGCGAAAACCGAGAUAAACGAAAUGUUUGAACGGUUAAUACGUGAUUUCAAAAUCCGACAAAGAUCUCUUUUGGAUCAAAUAGACACGUUUCUAAUAUCGGAGCUAGAAAAUCUGAGAUCUCAACAAGAAAGUUUUGAAGUUGAAUUAGCAAGUUUAGCAAGUUUUUGUGAUUCCUCUGAAAGUGCUGUGGGACAUGGAAGCACAACUGAUGGAACGGAGUUGAUGCAACUUCAUGAACAAUGCGAAGAGAACUGCAACAUAACGCAAAAUUUCGAAGGAAGCCACAUGAGGAGAAUUGCUGUCCGGCAAAUCGACAUUAAUGCUGAUAUUGAAACCUUUUCUGAAACGAUUGCUGCUUUUGGAGAAAUUGAGAUAUCUGCUCGCCCUGGAUCUCGAGGCGCCAACAUAGAUAAUAGGUCCAUAGGAAGUAGAUUAGCCAGUCGAUUGGUGGAUUUAGCUCGUCCUACCAGCAGUCGAUACCAGAGUUAUACCUCGCGACCUUCAUCGAGAAACAUGGACACGGAUUACGGCCUCUCAUCUGCUCUAGGCACACACAGUCCGUUAACACAGACUCAUAGUCCUAUGACAUCGUCACCUACGACAGAGAGGCGCCGACUGUUGCCAUCGUAUUUAAAUCGCGAUCCGCUGAAUGAUUCACACAGGGAUCUCUUAGCAAGUGAUUCUGACAAUUACGAUGACAGAAAUACAAUAAAUACUUCAAGAACAAACACCGCUCACCAACCACGUAGACGACCACGGCGCGAACAUCAUUCGGACACCAGACUUGGACUGGUUUCUGGAGAGGAAGGCAUUCUUUCGCGAUAUCGCCGGAGAAGUCUCGGAGGUUUGUCACCACCUCGUGAAGAAGAGCUCUUUGACGACGAUGUCGAAGGAGCAGGUCGAAAUCGCCCAUACUCUCGCAAUGCAACUGCAGGAGAUACCACGGCCCCUCGCCCACCCAGUCGUCUUGAAGUUCCACCUGAAAAUUCAUCGUCCACAAGUUCACAAGAAGAUCUCAGCACUCGCAAUUCCUACCAAAGACCACAACGACAACGAAAUAAUCAGCCUCCCUCGUCGAGCUCCUCUCAAAAUCAAGGGUCAGGUCGCUCCUCCAAUCAGGCUGAACCCAGGAACAGGUAUAACCAGAAAGGGCGGGCUAUAGUAAGAUUUGGAUCUCGUGGUAAUGGAUUUGACGAAUUCACCUGGCCUAGAGGAGUAGCCGUCUCUCCAAUUGACGAUACGAUAUUCAUCGCAGAUAGUAGUAACCACCGAGUGCAAGUGUUCGACAGCUCCGGUGACUACCGUCGAACGUUUGGAUCGUACGGCCAAGAGGAAGGCGAGUUCGAUUGUUUGGCCGGAAUCACCGUUAAUAACCUAGGACAGGUGAUAGUUUCAGAUAGGUACAAUCACCGAAUCCAAAUAUUUGAUCAUAGUUUCAAUUUUGUCACUUCUUUCGGUGAAGAAGGAUCUCUGCCGGGACAACUGUGUUAUCCUUGGGGUAUUGCUUGUGAUAAUAUGGGAUUUAUUUACGUGUGUGACAAAGAGAAUAACCGGAUACAGGUAUUCCAAUCGAACGGAGCCUUUGUUCGGUGUUUCGGUGAACAAGGAGACGAUUUGGGACAACUGGAUAAUCCACAGUAUGUAGCCGUGAGUCCGGACAAUAAAGUCUAUGUCAGUGAUAGUAGUAACCAUAGAAUACAAGUGUUUUCCAUGUACGGUGACUUUCUGUUCACAUUUGGCGACUCCGGAACUGGGAACGGUGAGGUCAAAUACCCGCGAGGUAUAGCUAUCGACGAGCAAGGAUUUGUUGCUGUUGCUGACAGUGGGAACAAUCGCGUCCAGAUAUUUCGUCCAAACGGUAUCUACUAUUCUAUGUUUGGUUCGUGGGGUAAUGAAAAUGGACAAUUCAAGGCGUUAGAAGGAUUGGCUAUAUUGGCUAAUGGUAACAUUGUUGUCAGUGAUAGAGAGAAUCAUCGAAUACAGAUUUUCUAA